GGGAGGCAGCCGAAGGGCCAGUCGUCUCCUCACAUCUUUUCUGCUGCUGCCGCGCUGCCCUCCAUCCGUCCUGUAUGGUGGAUAUUAUUUUCAGCUCUUCUUUCUUGGGUGAUAUGGGGGAUCAUUCCAAAAAGAAGCCAGGAUUCGCGAUGUGUGUCGGAUGUGGAAGUCAGAUCCAUGACCAGUACAUACUGAGAGUGUCUCCCGACCUGGAGUGGCACGCAGCCUGCCUCAAGUGUGCGGAGUGCCGGGAGUACCUGGAUGAGACCUGCACUUGUUUCGUCCGGGACGGAAAAACCUACUGCAAAAGAGAUUAUGUAAGGUUGUUUGGAAUAAAAUGCGCAAAAUGCAACCUGGGCUUCAGCAGCAGCGACCUGGUGAUGAGAGCCCGGGAUAACGUUUACCACAUCGAGUGCUUCCGGUGCUCGGUGUGCAGCAGACAGCUGCUGCCGGGAGACGAGUUCUCCCUGCGGGAAGAGGAGCUGCUGUGCCGGGCGGACCACAGCCUGCUGCUGGAGAGGAGCUCGGCAGGAAGCCCCAUCAGCCCCGGACACAUCCACUCCAACAGACCGCUGCACCUGGCAGACCCGGUGGCGGUGCGGCAGGCCCCGCAUCGAAACCACGUCCACAAGCCGUCCGAGAAGACGACGCGGGUCCGGACGGUGCUGAACGAGAAGCAGCUGCACACGCUGCGGACCUGCUACAACGCCAACCCGAGGCCGGACGCCCUGAUGAAGGAGCAGCUGGUGGAGAUGACCGGCCUCAGUCCCCGGGUCAUCCGGGUCUGGUUCCAGAACAAGCGCUGCAAAGACAAGAAGAAGUCCAUCCUGAUGAAGCAGCUCCAGCAGCAGCAGCACAGUGAUAAGACUGUAAGCAUCUUCAACCUGCAGGGCCUCACGGGGACACCUCUUGUGGCUGGGAGUCCCAUCCGGCAUGAGAGCACUGUGCAGGGAAACCCAGUGGAGGUUCAGACCUACCAGCCUCCGUGGAAAGCCCUGAGUGAAUUUGCCCUGCAGAGCGACCUGGACCAGCCGGCCUUCCAACAACUGGUGUCUUUCUCCGAGUCGGGCUCUCUCGGGAACUCCUCCGGCAGCGACGUGACUUCUUUGUCCUCUCAGUUACCAGACACCCCGAACAGUAUGGUCCCCAGCCCGGUGGAGACGUGAAACGGGGCCCCUCCAGGACCUCGCGCUCCCCCACCUUGUCCUCCCCUCCACUCCUGCAAGGACAGUUGCAGCAUGAUCCCCCCCACGACCCCCCCUCGCAUGUGACCAGCUCAUCACAUCGCCCAAACUACAGCGGAAACUUUCUUUAUUUUCUGACCUGGAUGACUGGGAGAAAAAAACAAAAACAAAAACAAAAGACUGACUCCGAUUUUUUUUUUUCCUUUUUUUGAGAACACGUGGACAAAAAAAACUAAACAAUUGUUGCAUGACUUGAUGCGGAGAAAGAAGCUGUACAGAAGACCUCCGGUUGGAUAUACAACAAGCCUCCCCUCAGAAACCAUGGGAAACGAGCAGACGGACACUCUGCAGUUUCAUUGUGAUCAUAUUGUGUCUAAUUGUUUCUUCAACAUGAGAAUUUUUUGAUACAUUUAUUGCGUUGUAGAGUCCAGUUGACUCUUUUGUCUUAAAGGUCAGAGCAUGAUAAUCUGCAAAGUAUUCGUGUUGUAAAAAACAAACAAACAAACAAAAAAAACUUUAUCUUAAGGGCAGGAUACAGGUUGUUUGAGCUUCUCGAACAAAAAGUAAAUUAUUGUUAUAUUAUUUAUUGUUAGGAAAGCGAUUCGUUAAGGGAAUAUUAAC